CACAUCAGUUUGCAAGUUUGCACGCUUUAAAAGUGUCUCUUACAAAACACAACUUUCUGAGUUAUCCUUUUGCACUGACUCAGAUUUAUAUAAAACCACUUCACUCUUGUCUUAAGACAUCCAAAUGUACACAAAGAAAAUUUCUGUUUCUGUUCUGCACACCAUGGAUCAAGAAACAUUGGGUCCUUUGUCAUAUGUCACGAGGUUCUGUAUACUGGUGGACAGCUGCUAUUUAAAGCUGUGUUGUCUCAUCUGCAAAUUAUUUCAUGAACUACACAAAAGCAAGUCAAAAAGAUAUCUGUUCAUUGCCUUUGUGAUUGCAAUAGUUCUGACAGUGACACUCACUCAAAGAUCUACUAAAACACCCAGUGAUACACCCAGUGUAAAACCUUCUGAUCAUUGCUAUGCUAAAGCGGCGGUGGCAGCAGAUGCUGGGGUUUGCUCUACAAUCGGGAGGGACAUGCUGAAGCGCAACGGUUCAGCAGUAGAUGCUGCUAUCGCCGCUCUGCUGUGUGUGAGUCUGUUUAAUGCUCACAGUAUGGGCAUUGGAGGAGGAGGUGUUUUCACCAUAUACAAUGCAUCAACAGGAGAGGUGGAGACAAUUGAUGCCAGAGAAACUGCUCCAAAGAACGCUUUACAGAACAUAUCAGACCCAGACCUGGAGAAAUCAAGACCAGGGUUGUUCAUAGCUGUACCAGGAGAACUGCGUGGUUAUGAGCUGGCACACAAAAGACACGGGAGACUGCAGUGGAGGGAGCUGUUUGAGCCCAGUAUAAAGCUGGCAUUGGAGGGAUUUAAGAUCGGCAGGGCAUUGGCUGAAACGAUCAAAGACAAUGAAGACAUGAUUCUGAAUAGUACAACCUGGUGUGAAGUGUUUUGCAACUCAAAUAACACCAUCUUGAAGGAAAAUGACACUAUAAGAUUUCCACAACUUGCCCUAACCUACAAGAGGAUAGCAGAAAAAGGACCAGACACCUUUUAUGAUGGGUCACUGACUCAAAAUAUAGUGGAUGAUAUCAACGCUGCAGGAGGGAAUAUAACAUUUGAAGACCUAAAGAAUUAUCAGCCAGUAUUGAAUGAGCAUGCAUGUAACUAUACUGUGGGGAAAUACAUAUUUCAUACUCCUUAUGCUCCAUUCGGUGGACCCGUGCUCGCUCUGAUACUCAACGUACUCAAAGGUUAUAACCUCACAACCAGCAAUGUUUCUACAACAGAGAAUAAGAUUUUGACAUAUCAUCAUAUAAUAGAGACUUUCCGUGCUGCUUAUGAGGAGAGGAGUAAACUGGGAGACCCGCACGGUGAAAACAUCACUGAUUUCAUCCAAAAAAUGACCUCAGACAGCUUUGCUGAUUUCAUCAGGAGUGAGAUUAAAGAUGACACCGAACGAGACAGUUAUGAUGAGCAGGACGAGAAUAUUUUUCCUAAUGAUUUUGGCACGUCUCACCUGUCCAUCAUCGCAGAAGAUGGGAGCGCAGUGGCCGUCACCAGCAGCAUCAAUGAACGUUUUGGCUCUAAAGUGAUGUCACGAUCAACUGGCAUUAUAUUUAAUAACCAGAUACAGGAUUUCACAGAUUUUCAUUCUGAAAAGAGUCACAAUCUGAUUAAACCAGGUAAAAGGCCACUUUCUUCGAUGUCUCCUACAAUAAUAUUGGACAAACUCAGCAAACAAGUCAAAAUGGUGGUUGGUGCUUCAGGUGGGACAAAAAUCAUAUCUGCAACUGCUCAGGUGAUCCUGAACUACAUGUUCUUUGACUAUGAUGUUCAGAAAGCUAUUAAUGAACCCAGAGCUCACAAUCAGUUUAGUCCCAAUGAAACACUUGUGGAAGACGGCUUUGAUGAGAAUGUAACUGACGGAUUGAAGCUGAAGAAUCACACCAUAAGUAAGACAUCUGCAAUAGGAAAAGUGCAGGCGGUUGUACGAGAAAAAGACGUGAUCUGUGCUGCAUCGGACCCCAGGAAAGGUGGCUAUCCUGACGGAUACUAAGCACUACUGCUGUGUUGGACCCAGCAUAAGUAAAGCCUGCUGUCCAAUGACAGCACUGUCAUUUUUUGAUGGGAGGUGCACCAUUUUUAAGGUGCUAAUGAAACAGACAUUGCCAAAACAACAGCUAUUCAUAAACACAUAAAGUUUAGCUCCAACUCUAAUCAAACACACCAGAACAUGCUAAUCAAUGUCUUCAGGAUCAUUCGAAAAUCACAGGUGCACUGUAAACAACGACAACAACAACCAUUUGUUGAGUCAACUUAAAAUAAUGUGUUUCCUUGCUCCCCUAAAAUUUUAA